AUGGCCGCCCCAGUAAACUGCCAGCACAACUUCAACGUCGUCAAGUCUGAUACAACCGUCGUCGUCUGGAACUGUAACAUGUGCCAUUCGGGUCCUCACUCUCACAUCUACGAGUGUUCGAAUUGCCAACAAGCGCGUGCCGCGUGCAGGGGGAUCGACCAACUAGGAUCUGAUCCGAAUACCUGGAUCGAUCACGCCCAUCUCGCCUUCUCAUUCGGCGGCUCAAGUCCCAUUUCGCAACUCUCAACGAAAUUUCUUUUUCUGCUCCUUCCUUCCUCGGACGGCAACAUCUAUAUCUCGGCUCUAUUGAUUUAG